AUGCUACCACCACGCUUUCUACAACUACAUCACCUAAUGCUACCGCCACUCUAUCUUCAACUGCAGCACCCAAUGCUACCACCCCGCUUUCUACGACUAUGGUACAUAAUGCUACCACAAUACUUUCUACUACUACAGCACCUACCGAUUAUGCCACCACCACGCUUUCUACAACAAUGGCACCUAAUGCUUCCACAACGCUUUCUACGACUACAGCGCCAAAUACUACGACAGCACUUUCUACAACUGCAGGACUUAAUACUACCACCGUGCUUUCUACGACUAAUGCUACCACCACGCUUUCAAUUAAAGGACUUAAUGCUACCACCACGCUUUCUACAACUACAGCACCUAAUGCUACCACCACUCGUUCUACAACAACAUCACCUAAUGCUACCACCACGCUUUCUACAACUACAGCACCUAAUGCUACAACUACGCUUUCUACGACUACAGUACCUUAUUCUACGGUCCCUUCGACUACAACCUCAAAUUUAACAACAAACGUCGAUUCAAGGUCUCAGUUUCUCACUACAUCCUCCCUGUCUGGUGAAAUCACAACGGCUCCUGCUACUGAUAAACAGUCAACAACAAUAACAAGGAUAUUGUCUACUACAGUGAUGGUAACAUCCGUCACACCAGACUCCGGAAACUCAACAACAUCAAAAGCAACAAAUAGAAAACCAACAGAAAUGCACGUUGGUUUUAUCAUGGCCGGAACUAUACUUUUCCUUUUACGAUGUGCCAGUGAGCUUUACCGAUGUCCCCAGGGACUGGCUCACACUAUCUUCACCUACGGAGACAGGUGCUACCAAUUUGUGAACGAGGAGAAAUACUGGGGGGAAGGCCAGAGCUACUGUGGGGGAGCCGGGGGGAGGCUGCUGGAGAUAUAUGACCACAAUACCAUGGCGUUUAUUAAGAACAGAUUGAACGUGGGCGUGCAUUGGACCAAUAAUGGCGUCUGGAUUGGAGCACACGAUAGGAGUGUUGAAGGAAGCUGGCAGUGGGAUUCAGGCGCGCCAAUGUCCUAUACAAAUUGGAACACCGGCGAGCCCGAUGACUACUGGCCGAUCUAUCACCUAGACUGUGCCGUUAUGAGGAGGGAAAACGACUGGAGAUGGGGGAGUUACCCCUGCAGCACGGCCCAAUACCAUUACAAGUUUAUUUGUAUACCUACCACAACUACAACUACUACACCUUCCACAUCUACAAUACCUACCACCACUAAAACUACUACUACACCUACUACAAGUGCUACACCUACCGCAACUACAGUCACUACACCUACCACAACUACAAUUACUACACCUACCACAACUACUACCCCAACUACAACUACCACAACUACCACAAAAACAAUACCGUCUUCAACAACAAUGCCCAUUACAAGCACAAUACCCACCACAUCUACUUCACCAACUACAACUUUUUUACCAACAACCAAUAUUUCACCUACCACAAGUACUACAGUUACCACAACAUCUACAUCAACUACACAUACAUCAACUACAACACCAACUACAACUGCUGCACCCAUUAUGACUACUGAUUCAACUACGGCAACAUCCACGACAAUUACAACUACCUUUACACCAGUCACAACCAUCUCUUCUAUUACUACACCUACCAUAAGUACUACAUUAAGCACACUUUUUACAUCAAGUAAAUCGACACCCAGCUCCACUACUACACCAACGACUACAACUUCUCCAGUGACUACAAAGUCAACCACAAAAUCAGAAGAUAAAUUUAUUACCUCAACGACAGUGAAAUGGGAAAAGCCAGGUGGCGCAGGGGCCAAUGCCGGGCAGACGGGCGAGUCAGGACAGAUCAGCAGUGAAACGAUUAUGUACAUAGGGAUAACAUUGGGCUCUUUCCUCAUUUUGUUCAUAAUAGCGGUACUUGUUUACACGUGCUACAGAAGGCGAAUACGAAAUGUAAAAGAUCGACUUAGAAGUGAAAGCGUAGACACGGAGAGCACGAACAAUGGGGGAUACAGCGACAUGAACGGGUAUGCUAAUGUCGGAUUCCAGAACCCUAUGUAUUCAGACACUCCCGUGGACAGUACCACGUCCCCCACAACAGCGCAACCUGACGAGCCCGUUUUGGCUACUCAUGCGCCAUCUGCAGAACCAAGAUACGCCACAACCUUAGGAAAGCCCUGCUCUGUGGCCUUUAAUACACGGACCGACUUUGAUAACGGAGACGAUGGCUAUGUCACGCUGUCCGACGGAAUACAAGAACCAUUAUAUGAAAACGAGAACGUAUCGGUUGCUAAUGGUAACAUAGGACCCCUGGAGCCCCUGAAAGAAGAAUAUGUAACGACUAUUGUGAUAGGUUAGA